AUGUUGAAGAAGCUGCACGUGAAUAUUCCAUUCGUAGAGGCUCUGUCAAAGAUGCCGAAGUACGCGAAGUUUCUCAAGGACUUGCUCACGAAUAAGAAGAAACUGGAGGACCUUUCUACUGUCACGUUGAGCGAGGAGUGUUCUGCCGUCUUGCAGAACAAGCUACCGAAAAAGGUGUCUGAUCCUAGUAGCUUUACGAUUCCGUGUCUGAUCGGAAAUCUCACCGUCAGCAAUGCGCUGGCAGACCUAGGGGCUAGCAUAAAUCUUAUGCCAUAUUCCAUCUUUGCUAAGCUCAAUCUAGGCGAGCCGUCUCCUGCGCGCAUGAGUCUUCAGUUGGCUGAUCGAUCAGUGAAGUUCCCAAGAGGGAUUGUGGAGAACAUGUUGGUGAAGGUCGACAAAUUCGUAUUUCCAGUUGACUUCGUCAUCCCUUGA